GUCCUCAGUUGGUCGAGCGCAGGAAAGAAGGGGUAUAGAAGGGUUUCCUUUUUAGCAGCCCUUCUGGGCUUGUAUUCAAGUAACAUGAGGUACUUGCAUUGAGGAAUCUGCGAAAGCAACAGCACUAGCAAGAGUUUUUGAACGACCUUGACAAACAGGAUCACCGAGCCUCCCAUCAUGGGGGACUCUCAGGAGAACACUGCGGCCAUGUUGGAGGAGCAGACCGCCAUGCUCGAGGAGGCCCUGGCGGGGUGGCAGGUGGCAGAAGAGAAGGCCAAGGAGUUCAGCAAGCAGCUGGAAGAAGCGCUCGCUCAGGUCGCUGCCAAAGAGGAAGAAGCUGCCGGUCACGCCAAGGUGGCAGAGGAUGCCGUCACAGGCUGGGAGGAAGCAGAGGCAAAGGCCGCUGCUCUUGAGGAAGACCUACAGAGGCUGCUCGAAGAUGAAGAGAAGGCAAAGCGCGAGAGGGACGCAGCUCUGCAGCAAGUGAGGGAGGCCCAAGACAAAGAGGCCAAGCUGAGGGCGGAGAUCGAGCAGCACAAGAAGAAAGACGCGAGCUUGAGGGAGCAACUGAGCCAGCUGCAGUCCCAGCUGGCACAAAAGGAGAACGCAGACCCCCGGCAGAACAACGGUGCGAUCGAAGAGCUGAAGAAACAGACGGCAGCCAAGGUUAAGGCGCUGAGCAAUCAGCUGACGGAGGCCAACCGCGAGCUCGACGCCAUUGCCAAGCGGCUGGAGAAACGCUCGACGACGCUGAUCGACGCGGAGGGGAAGCGCAAGGACGCUGUGGCCUUGGUCAAGGGCCUCCAGAAGAAGAACCUGCUGGCGACCAACGACCUCCAGGAGCUUACAAGUUUGUCGGACAACCUGAAGUCCGGGUCGGAAGACACCGACUUCCGCCUCCAUGCGGCCGCCAAGAAGCUCGCGAGCGUCGUCGAAGCAUCGCGCGGCGGCGAGGCGUCGCUCCGCGGCAGCUUCGAGGCUCCGAAGUCGCCCGAAACGCCCGAUGACGAGCGCAACGAUGUCGUCGCGUCGCCCCUCAAAAAGGCGCGCAAGAUCUCGAUCGCGGCGCUCGAGUCCGCCGAGGGAUCCCUCCAGGAUGCGAUCGCCGCGCGCGCGGGCGCGGUCGCCGAGGCCGAAGGGUUACGGAUCUCGGUUAAGAAGGCGGAGGCGGAGGUCGGGAAGUUGCGCAAGGCGCUCGUGAGAAAGGCGCUCCAAGAGGGAGAUCAACCGGGCAAACGGGGCCCGGGGUUAGCGGGCUUAACCGACGAAGCGAUGACUGCGCUCGCGGAGGCGAAGGCCGAGGCGGAGGCGCGGUUGGCCGGGCUGGUUAAGGAGAAGGCGGAGGUUGAGGCGCGGUUAGCGUUUGCUAACCAGGAGAAGAGGGCGCUGGACGCGGAGCUGGGGCAGACGAAACUAGAGCGGGAGUACCGGCAGAGCAAGCUGGCGGAGGCGGACGGGCAGAUCGCAGAGCUGGAAGCCAACCUCGCCACCAUCAUAAAGGAGAAGCAGGUUGCUGACGCGAAGCUUGAGGCCAUCGAGGGCGGCAACGAAGCGUUCCAAUCCACCAGCGCCGAGCUCGCUUCGACAAAGGAAGAGAACGCCGAACUCGCGGCGAAGCUCGCGGAAAAGAGUGCGAAGGUUGCGGAGCUCGACAGUAACCUGGCCCAAGCGACGAUGCGCCUCGCGCAUCUGAACGGGGAACUGGCGCUGCUGGGCGGGAAGAACGCGGAGCUGAGCGCGAAGCUGGCGUCGGGGAGCAAGGACAAGGGGGCGGAGCUGGCAAUCAAAACCGCGGCCCUGAAGCAGAAGGACACCGAACUUCACGACAAAGAAGUCGAGGUCGCACGCCGCGAUGCGGAGCUGAUGGCGCUCCGCAAGGAGCGCGAAGACCUGGCAUCCAAGGCCGCAGACGCGACCAAGCGCGCCGCAGAACUAGACGUGGCGGCCGCCGAGAGCGGCAAGCGCAUUGCGGACCUGGACCAGGAGCUCGCGGCCGCUAUCAAGAGGGUGUCGGAUCUCGACGCCGAUUUGGGCGCAACCAAGGAGCAGAUGCAUGCCCUCGAGUCCGAGCUCGCAUCCUCCAAGAAGCGUUCCGCCGACACGGAGCAACAGCUCGCCGCGGCGCAGAAGGCCCACGCUGACGUCAGCGCUGAGCUGGCGGCUGCGAAGAAGGCGUCGAACGAGGCCGCGGCGCAGCUGGCGGGCGCGCGCGCCGAGCUGGACUCAUUCAAGAAAACGGUGAUGGAGAAAGACAGCGAGAAGAUGAGCGCUCACGAAAAGCUGGCGAAACUGGAGAGCGAUCUGAUGGGCGCUAGCCUAAGGAUCUCGCAGUUGAGUAAUGAGGCGGCGGUCUCGGACGAACGGCUCGGGGAAGUCUCCCGGGCGCUGGACGGCGCACGGAAGCGUGUGACCGAGUUGGAAAGUGCGUUGGCCGAGGAAGAGAGGAAGGGCUCCGGGGCGAAGCGCGAACUAGAACGGGUACAGAAGGUGCUCGAGGAGCAGGGGGCGAGGGAUACUGAUUCUAAGAAGCGACUCGGGGAGGAGAAAGAGAGGGUUGCCGCGCUUGAGAAGAAGAACGGCGAAGCAGAGAAGGCCGCUCAGGAGGCGAAGCGGGAACUAGAACGGGUGCAGAAGGCGCUCGAGGAGCAGGGGGCGAGGGAUACCGAUUCUAAGAAGCGGCUCGAGGAGGCACGGGAGAAGGUUGCCGCGCUUGAGAAGAAGAACGGCGAAGCGGAGAGGGCAGCUGAAGACGCGAGAAAGGAAGUUGCUGCGAUGAAGGAGAAGGUGGCGGCUUCUGAGAAGGCGCUGGGAGAAGCGAGGAAGGAGGUUGACGGGUUAAGGAAGGAAACGGACGGGGUCAAAAAGGGGUUAGAGGACAAGGAGGGCGCGGUUGCCGGGGCGCAGAAGCGGGUUACGGAACUGGAGAGUGCGCUUGCAGGGCUGUCCGAAGAGAAGGACGCUCUGGAAUCGGACGUCCAAAACUUGAAGCAGAAGAAGAGCAAGAUGGAGAAGGAAAUGGCGCAGGCAUUGUCGAAGAUCUCGGAGCUGGAGACCCGCGUGGAUUCGGCGGCAAAGGAGAAAGAGGCCAUCCGUGAGGAGCUUAAGGGGGUGCAGACCGAGAGAGACGAGCUCGUUUCUAAAUUGGAGAAGACGGCCGGGGAUCUGGAGAAGGCGAAGAAGAAGGCGGCGCAGGCGGCCAAGGAAAGAGAAGCUCUUGCCGAGGAACUGAGGGGAGUGGAAAGUGAACGGGACGAAGCGGUGUCAAAAGCGGAGAAGGUUGCGUCGGAGGCGAACCAAGCGAAGAAGAAGUCGCUCGCGGCGCUGAAUGAGAAAGAGGACGAGCUGGCCGCCGUCCAAAGCGACAAGGAAGAGGCCCUUUCUAAACUGGAGCGCUUGGGGGCGGAGCUCGCCGCGACCAAGAAGAAGCUGCAGAAGGAGAAAGAGGUCGUCGCCGAGCAGCUGCGGCUGCUGGAAACGGAGAAGGAGGACACCGUUUCUAAACUGGCGGCGGAUCUGGCGGAGUUCAAGAAGGUGGUCAAGGCGAAAGACCACGAAGUGCAGCAGACGAACUCGAAGCUGGCGCACACGUCGCGCGAGCUGACCGAUUUUAAGAAGAAGUACGAGGAGGCGGCUAAGGACCAGAGGGCCGCGGCGGAGGUCGUGGAGCUCAGUUCUAAACUGGCGGCCGCGAACAUCGAGCGCGAGGGCCUGUCCGCGGAGCUCAUCUCGGCACAGGAAGAACAGAAAGAGCUGCUGCAACAGGUGCUUGCGCUGCAAAAGGAGAGCGAGAAGGCGCGCGACGCGGGCGCAAAAGCAGAGAAGGCGCGCGCACGUGUGCAGGAGGAACUAGACGCGGGACUCGAGGCGCAGAAAGCGAUUGAAGCGGAGAAGGCGAAGCUGCGCAAGGAGGGGGAGGAGAUGAAGGCGGCGCUCGAGCGGAUCCGCGGGGAGCGGCGCGCUCUGCAGAAGCAACUAGAGGCGGCGGCGAAAGAGGCGGAGGAGAGGACGGCGAGCCGGCCCAAGGCCGCUGCCGGUGUGCAGACCGAUGCCCCGCUGGACUACGAGGAGCUCGCUGCGAUGCGCGACGAAGUCGUCCAAAUGGAGCAAGAGCUGCUCGCCGUCAAGGAGAUGAUGCAAGCCAAGAUGAUCUCGCUGGACGAGCGUGAGCACCAACUAGGCGAGCGAGAACGGGCGACCCAGGCCAAAGAAGCCGCGAUCGUGACCGGAAAGGACGCGCUCGCUGCGGCCCAAAAGCAGCACCGCGCCGAGCUGCGCAAGGGCGGGGAAACCAACGCGGGCGACACGAUCCGCGUACUCAGGGUCGAGUUAGCGGAGGUAACCGAGCGGCUUAACCAAACCCGGAAGCAACUAGAUACGGCGGAGAACCGUUGCGAGGAGCUGGCGAAGGAACUCCGCAACAAGGCCCAGGAGAACUCGAGACUCGCCGCGGAGAUUGCGGCGGUUAAGAUAACCAAGAUUGGUUUAAGCGAGGAGGGUUUGGUAACCCCGCGGAAGGGGAUUCCGCCGUUGGCGGCGGAGCGCAGCGGGGGGAGAGUGCUACAGGUGGCGUCGCUCUCGCAGGCGUUGGAGGAGGCGCAGAGAUGGGCCUCCCAAGCCGAGGACAGCCUUCGCAUGCGCGAGCAAGCAGUCGCCGAGGCAGAGGAGGUGCGCAUGAGCCUGGAGCGGCGCGUGAAGGACGCGGAAACUAGGAUGGCGGAAAUGGGCGCCAGCCUGGAGAGGAAGGCGACCGAGGCGGCGCAGCUGCGGCAGGAGCUCGACGAGGAGCGCGAGGAGCGGGGUAGGCUGGAGGAGGAUCUCGAGGCGCUCCAAGAUGAGGCGGCCGCCAGCGACGCCGCCGCAAUCGCGCAGCUCGCCGAGUCGGGCGCGCAGAUCCAGUCGCUCACCGACGCCAAGACGCGCACCGAAGAACGCCUGUCGGCGCUCAUGCGCGAGCGCGCCGAACUCGACGUCAAACUGGCGCUCCUGAAGCGUUCCAAGGAGGACGCCGAUGCGCAGCUGAAGAACGCGCGGGCCGCGAUCGUGCAGCUCGAAGCGAAGCUGACGUCAGAGGAGGGCCGCUCGGCGGACCUCGAGGCGCAGCUGACGUCAGCGGGCGAGCGGGAGAGGAGACUGGGCGAGGAACUAGCGGCGGGUGAAAAGGAGAUCGGGGAACUGACGCAGAGGGUCGGGGCGUUGGAAGGCGAGAAGCAGGGGCUUGAGGUUUUGGCGGAGAAUCUGACGGGAGACCUCGAGGAGUCGCGCGAUGAGACGGCGCAGCUCAAGAACGAACGAGAGGAUAUGAAGAUUGAGUUAGCGCAGGUUAAGGCUAACAGCGCGGAGUUAGCGCGGGACCUUGCAGACACCAACGACGAUCUCACCGACACUGAGAAUAGGCUCGCUAAGAGCGACGAGGACCGGAACAAGGCCUGGGAGGAAGUCGAGCGGCUAACCGGGGUCAAGGAGGAGCUUAAUCAGCGGUUGAGCAUGUUCACCGGGGAGAUCCGUAACCUGAACGAGCGCCUCUCGGAGGUUAUCGCCGAAGUCGCGGAUCUUCACAAGAAGCUCGGCGCGCUACGGAGCGAGAAGCACGAAGCGGAGCAGUCGUCGGUGCAGGCCAAGGCCGCGGCGGCGGAACUGGAGCUGCAACUAGCGGCGGCGCAGAAACGCGUGGCCGAGCUCACGUCGAAACUGUCGGCAUCCGAGCAGAGCAACCGCGAGGUUUCGUCGCUUCUCGCGGAAACCAAGGCCCAGAAGAAGGAGGUUGAAAGCGAGUUGAAGGAGACUCGCAGCGUGGUGGCGCAACUGGGUAACGAGCUGACGGGGGUUAGGAACGAGGUUAAGGCGCGCGGGGCGGAGCUGGCCGCGGUUAAGGAGAAGAUGGCGGCCAAGGUUAAGGAGGGCGAGGAGCGGGUUAGCAAGCUCAAGGGCGAACUGAGCGACGUGGUGCAGCGGGGCACGGAACUGGACAAGAAGUUCGGACAGGCCCUGCAGGGCCUCGCCCAGCGCGACCAGGCGCUCCUGACCGCCAGCGAGGAGCAGCGGGCCCUGUUGUCGGAGGUGGACACCCACAAAGGCGACGUCGCCAGGCUGGAGCACGAGCUGAACAGGGCCCUCGCGGACGCGUCCGAAACGUCGGCCAAGCUGUACAAAGCGUCCGCAAAGCUGGCGGAGACGGAGGCGGCGCUCGCGGAGAUCAAGGAAGAGAAGGAGGGGCUGGAGACGGGGCUGAGCGCAGUGCAGCAAGAGAAGGCGGACGUGCAGGUCCAACUGGCCCAGUCCAGCCGCGAGUGCGCGGAACUCACCGCCGCGCUCGAGGCCGCCCAGCACGAGCGCGCGCGCGUCGCCGCUGAGCUGAACAAGCUGAGCGCGGACCGUGAUGACAUCAGCGCGCUGCUCGCGGCGUCGACGGGCGAGGUGGCCGCGCUCAACACGAAGCUGGCGGAAUCCGCCGGAGAGAGCGCAAUUCUGAGCGGAAAGGUCGCGACGCUGAGCGCGGAGAUCGGGGAGCUGCGGUCCAAGCUGGCGGGCGCAUCCAACGCCAGGCUCGGCAACGACGCUCGCAUGGCCGCCACGUCAGCCCGCAGCUCGGACCUGUUUGCCAAGCUGGCGUCCGCGGACAGCCGCGUGGCGGAGCUCGAGGCGCGCCUGGCGGCCGUGGCGCAGCAACUAGAGGCGGAGCGCAGCGGCCACUCCAAGAGCGUCGAGCAGCUGCAGCAGCACGUCAGGAACGUGCGCGAGAGGGCCCAGCACGUGGAGAAGGAGCUGAAGGCCAAGGAGUCGCAGCUGCAGAGCGCGCUUGACGUCAGCCGCUGGGCCGCGCAGUCCGUGGAGUCCCUUCGCGAGGAGCUGACCGCCGUGCUCAGCCGCCGGACGCCCGACGACCCACUCGCGUCCGGCGACCAGGAGGUCCGCGAGAUGACCGAAAAAGUCAUCGCCAUGCAGCAAAAGAUGGAGAAGGAGCUGUCGUGGCACAAGACGGCGCUCGAGAACGCGCAGCGGUACCUGGACGGCGGCGAGAAGGCGGCCGGGGAACAGAGCGGCAUGGACGCGCUGCGCAAGGACCUCGCCGAGAAAGUCUGCCAGCUGAACCCCAUCUUCACCAGGGAAGCCCAGAUGGCGGAGGCGCAGUCCCAGAUCCACUCCCUAGGGGAGCAGCUGGUCGCCCUUGCGGCCCAUGGCGGCAUGGACGACGCGCCCAUUGAGCAGCGACCACGGAACCCCCGCCUCUCGGUGGACGGCUCCGAGUCCGUCAGCAGCAGCCUACCGGUCCGGAGGCUCCGCCCGGUAGAAGGCCCCGGGGCAGAGAAAGAAGGCGAUGAGGUGUGGGAGGAUGCCCCCGAGAGGCAGUGGGGGGAUCCCCCGAGGAAGGUCCUCGGGGAGAAGCCCCUGGCAGAGAAGUCGACCAAUCUGCCUGCGGAGAAGAGGGGGGCCGGGUACCCGGGGGACAACCCCGGGGACCAACCGGGGAACGACGCGUGGCAAGGGAUGAUGUGGGGCAAGCCUCACCGCUCGCAAGCGGGCAAGGAUCACGGGGCUCCAUACCCCUCCCCCGGUUACGCCCCCGAGUCUCCGGCCACUGUGCUUCCGAGGCGCCAGCUGUUGAGGGAUCUGACCAAGAAGGGGGGGGAGAAGGGGGCCGACGCAGAGACCCCCCAGAUGUUUACGCGGCGCAUGGCGAGGGCGCGCGGUGAGAAAGGGGCGGACAUGUCGAACGUGAGCCUCGGCAAGUUCCUGGCGAAGGCGACGUCGCCCGCUAAUAGCCCGACAAAGCCGGGCCAAACUGCCAAGUGAAGAUUUGAAUCACAAUCGUAUGGGUGAACAUGGGUGUGCUUGGAAUUGCAUUGGGUGGUCCGGUGGAGUAGAGUAGGUUACGCGAGUAGGACCGUAUUUCUCGACGGACAAUUGUUACCGCACUGCUUUAGGUAGGGUUGUGGCUGAAACACAGAGUAUGCUUCAAUAGGUUGUAGCUUCGUUUUGCCCAUUGAGCGGGAUACCCAACCCAAAAGUGCCGCCCAAGUCGACAGAAUUGUUGGAGGCCUUGGUGCAACUUACUACUGGUGAUGUCAGACCGGCUUACACUUCCAUUUCAACCCAAGUCCUUGUAUACUUGGGUGAUUGCAUCACUGAUUG